CGGCUUGGGUUCUUGCACAUCAGCAGGAAUAUGCAUUUUGGGUUUCUUUAUUGAAAACAGUCUUUUUAACCCUUUUUGGGGUUUAGCUGGCGGUGGGAGGAUGACGAUCGAAAUGCGGCGACCUUUUGGUGCUUGAGAGGGUUUCUGGGAUUCACGUGGCUUGUAAGUGGGAGGAGAAGAAAUAGGGGAAUUGUACCCGCUAUCAAGACUUUCGUCACUCGCCCGACGUUCGAGGCGAGUCUCUGAAAGGUGUGUUCCCGAAUCGCGUUUAGUACGUGUGGUCGAGUGGGAGGUUUUGGAUGUCGAGGACGAAAUGGAGGGAGGGGGUUUCCGAACGGGAAUCUGGGUAUCGCCUCGCCGAACCCUUACAACGCGGAGUUGGGUUGCGUUAAAUGUGUAGGCGGAGGCAGGAAGGGCUUGGCUGAAUUGGGGUUUUUGGGCGGCGACCACAGAGAGGCGGGUAUUGUUGUCUGAUGUCUGUUUGAGGUGAGUGAGAGUGGGGAGCGUGGGUUUCAAGGAAGGAGAAGCCGGUUCGGCGGCUUUCCAUGUGCUUGGAAUACGAUCUGCAAUCCAUUUCGGAAGGACAGAGCUCGUGGUUGUUGGGUCGGACACGUCUUCCCAGUUGGCCUCAUCAGUCUCCGUCGUGGGUUUCGUGUCUGUCGGGGGUUUUGGGACCGGUUUUGACACUGGUAGUGUGGGACUCGGUGGUGACGGGACCGCUAGCGCCGUCGCCACAGAAGGAGGAGGAGGGAGGGGCUUAUCCACAGGUGAUUUCAACGCAUCAUCAUCGUCCCGAUCCUGACGAGUCGUAGCAGCAGGAGACUCAACUCCGCCGACCAUGGACACGGCACGUUUGGCUUGAGCAAUCAAGGCCGAGAGAUCUUGAGCGCUUUGCUCGAGGUUUCGCUCUCGCUCAGCGACCGUGAGUCGUUUGGCAUCCUUGACGUCAUCUGCACUUUUGUUGUUGGGUACGUCCUUUUCAAUCGGUACCGGACCGGGCGUGUCUUCUUCGUCAUCCGUCUCAUUGUUUCUGAUAUCAUCAAUCAAGCGAUCAAUACGUACAAUGACGCUCUUGCGGACACGCGAGUUUUGACGGACAAUGUCGCGUGUGGAAAUCGGAACUUGGGAAGACGUUCGAAUGGGGAUGCGAGAGCGGGGACGGACCGAGCGGGGCGAGGUCGGAGAAGACGGUGCAGAAAGUUGGUCGAGUUCUGCGAGGAGGGCCGUGAGGUUUUGGGAACUGGUAGACGAGUCGACGGGAGAGGGUGGUGCCUCGCGGCGAGCGCCGGCGGGCGGGAACCGGUUGGCCGCCUCACUCUCGCUCUCGCUAUCCUUCAAAGUGCGAUUCUCGUAGACGUCAUUCGGAUACGCGCGAUUCUCAUACGCCAGUGUCUCGUACGCGCGGUCCUCUUCUUCGCGCGUCUCGUACUGUUGCUCGUACCGAUCUUUGUAAUCAUACGCGUCGGACGCGUAGCUGUCCCGAUCGGAACGAUAUACAUUGUGCUCCAUCUCGUUCUCUUCUUCGAGAAUCAUUUCACUCGUUGAGGAGGGUCUCCACCCCGUCUGACUGUACAUGGAAAAGUGCUUAUUGUUUCUGAUGGGGUACUGUUGUUGGUCGUCAUAGGUUGAUUGGGGAUGCAGAGAGCUGUAAAGCGAGUCGUAGGACAUGCCGACUCGCUUGCGCCUAGAGCGGUCAUCGCUCCGCGAGACCAUGGAGGCGAUGGAGACGGUCGACGCCCUGACGGUGCGACGGCGACGCGACGAACGCGAGACGCGAUCGACAGUGUAAAUGAUUGUUUCAUUGUCGUCGUCGGCCAUGACGGGCGAAUAGGGAGCAAUGUGACGCGUUGCUUGGCGAGCGGCGGCCAUCCACUUGUUGCUUGUAUCGAGAAUGAUGGAAUUCCUUGGAUCGUGAGGGUCAUGCCAUGCGAUCGAUGAUGAGCGACGACGGUUAUAAAGUAGCGAUGACCUUUUGGAAACGGAAGAAGAGGUUCGCACGAGUUGACGUAGAUUCAAUGGAUCAUCGUCAUGAACCAAGUGAGUGGGACCCGAGAUGACGAGUUGUAUGGGGGCAUGAUCCUUGUUGAAUCGCUUUCGAAGGCUAGAUACAAAGGCCUUUGGACCACGACGGAUGCGCGAUAAACGUCGUUCGCGUGCCAUGUCUUUUUUGUUAAAAGUAUUUUGUUUUUGCAAGAGGCCUGGGCGAAAGAGCGUCUGCUGUCCGUUGCCUAUAAGAAUGAAUAAAAAGGAAGAAUGCGGAAAGCCAUCAUAAGAAUAAAAAAAAAACCAAGUAUCGUUUGAAUGAUGACAUAAGCAUAAUAAGAAUGAAACAUGCCGUGUUAAUGAGUGCCGCGUGUUGAAAUAUAAAGUAAGUUUUACAUUUAUUAUAAGGAUGGGAGCCAUCUGUGUGUGAAGAGUACAAAAGAGAAAGAGC